UCCACCAUACUGACAUGUCUUUAAGAAUUCAGCGUAACACAAAACUGUUUAAAGACAUCUUUAACAGCAUUUCCUGGUUAUAUGAAAAGUCACCCAUAAAGAGGACUUUUAUUACAAGUUGGAAAAGUAAUCACUCAAGGCAACUUCACAAAAGAAAAACAUUGCUAAGAUAUCUUUCUUUUUUUAAACAACAGAAAACAAACUUAAUAUGCAGUGAAAGAGCAAAAUGUUUUAGUAAUGUAAAUUCUAAAGCACUAAACCACAAGUUACUCUCAUUUCAAAAGUUUUCAAAAAUAUUCCGUUGCAAUGUGCAUAAUUUACGGUUUUAUAUGUUUACAACACCAUUAUUAGUUUUGUGUCUAGAACUCAAUUUAAACAAAACUGGAAGUGUAUUUUUGUGUGUGGCAAAUUGUGAGUCUGCUGUCCCUUCCCAAGACAUACUGACUGGCGUACAUGGACUACCAAAAUAUCCAGAUGUUGAACAGUGUGCAGCCAGCAACUGGAUUGCAUUUAAAGACAGUUUUCUUUUAUAUUUAAGAGCAGCUCAUCUGAUUUGUGUCUUUUUCCCUUUACUAAUUGGCUAUCCUCUUAUAUAUCUCAACCCAUGGCUGUUCAAUCAAUGGUUAAAACUUUUGUAUAUGGCUGUUGAAAGAUUGGGGGCAACUUUUAUAAAGCUUGGCCAAUGGGCAAGCACACGAAGAGACAUAUUUUCUAAAGAAUUUUGUGAUAAGUUUUCAAAUUUGCAUCACCGGGUACACCCUCAUUCAUGGUGGCAUACAGAAAAGUCUUUAGAGCGAGCAUAUGGAAAGAACUGGAAUGAAAUAAUCACAUUGGAUAAAAAACAGGAACCAAUCGGAUCAGGUUGUAUAGGUCAGGUUUACAAAGGAUUUAUAUCAUCAGAAUUCAUCCCAUCAUCUUAUGUAAGGGACAAAAAGGAACUGUCCAAUAAACAUAUCAAGGCUGAUAAUGCCAAUGGUAGAGCUGAUGCUGUUUUUCCUGUGGCUAUAAAAAUUUUGCACCCAGAUGUGGUAAAAACAUUUGAAAGAGACUUGAGGCUAAUGAAAAGUGCAGCAAAAUAUUUGACCAAGCUAUUUCCCAAGCUACACUGGGCAAAUCUCAAUCAAUGUGUUGAGGAGUUUGCUGUAACAAUGCGUAAACAGUUGGACAUGGGUUAUGAGUAUCGAUGUCUUGAAAAGUUUACCUCAGACUUCGCCUCAUGUGAUAACAUUAGAGUACCACAACCAAUAAAACAUCUGUUGAGGAAGAAUAUUUUGGUCGAGACUUUUGAGGAAGGAAUUUGUAUUGGAAAUAUUCUAAGAGACUCUAUCUACCCAGAGGAUGUGAAAAUAAAACUUGCAAAGAUUGGCAUUGAUGCAUUAUUUCAGAUGGUGUUUGUGAACAACUUUGUUCAUGCUGAUCUUCACCCUGGGAAUAUUUUAGUUCAGAAUUUGGAGUACUUUCGUGAACAUGACACCUCUGUUUCUCACAAUGAAGAAGAAAUGAUGCCUUUGACAGCUGAGUCUGCUGAUGAACACCCAUUAAGGCUGGUUUUACUUGACUGUGGUAUAACAGCUACACUAACAUCUGAAGAUAAACAAAAGUUUAGGGAAGUUUUUACAGCUGUGGUCAAAGGGGAAGGUGAGGCAGUUGCAGACUUAUUUCUGUUCAAGUCAGCUGUGAAUCUUUGUUCGAACCCUGAACUCUUUCGUAAAGAAAUGGCUGGUGUAGUAUCAGAGGGUAGAAAAAACUUGAAAAGUAUUUCCAAGAUUAAAGUUGCUGAACUGAUGAAUGAAGUAUUUAAUGUGCUGGCAAGACACAAGAUUCAACUGGAAGCAAGUUUUGCUACAAUUAUUUUGGCCAUCGCUAUGUUGGAGGGGCUAGGCAGAUCUCUGGAUCCAAACCUUGAUUUGUUGGAUAAAGCCAAAUAUGUGCUGUUAGGGUCUUUCAGAUAAUUUAACUAAAGGUUGUAUUUGAUAACAUUGUAAUGUAAAUGUUUUAAAUCUUGUAAAUUUAAAAACAUAAAUUGGCCUUUUUGUACAGUGUUUUUUUUAAUAAAUGUGCCAUUUUGUAAAUUUUUUUUAAAUAAGUUGGUCUAUUUGUAAAGUUAUAUGAUGGUUCAGUGUUUAAAACUGGUGAAUAUUUUAAUGUUUAAAAUUAUGGUUUGACUUGAUCUUUUAUGUUUUAAGUAAGUUGAAAGCUACAAGCUUAUUAAACAUCUUAUAAAUUAUACACCUACAUG